AUGGCCUUGAUAUCAAGCAAUCUUACUUACGUCCACGCAAAGCCUACAGAUUCCUUGAUACCACCAGGCACUUCCAGUUCAAGAAACAUUACACAAAUGCCAACGGAAAAAACUGGUCGAAAUCCCCGCGCUAUCAGUAGGAGGGUGCAAUCCGCAGGACUCAAGGCUGAGCAAGCUACAAACAACCAAGGAGUAUUGUUAACGGCUGGCGGUGCUGGAUUUAACAUAACGAGAUUUCCCAGCAGCCUCAGUGACAACCCUUGCAUAAAAAGAUUUCGUGACAUCUUUAUUUACAAUUAUUUCUUCCCAAUUCCAAUUUGUAAAAAACAUCAAGGUUGCUAUGCUGUGAAGAAAAUUGUGAACUUUGGAAAAGGCAGAACUUUUGCAAUAACGACGAACUGCCAAAGAGUUACAAUGUAA